CGCUUCUGGCGGUCGCUUUGCCUUUUGACUUUGGCGGGUUUUCGCCUUUUUUUGUUGAUGUUGAUCAGCUAAUAUGUUACUUUCUGAAUCCAGAGCCAAUGUUUUCGACUCUUUCAAAGCUGACUCUCCAGAUGAUGAGUUCAGCAAACCGAAGAGAUGUUUGAAGUCGGGAUCAAGCCCUCAUAAGUCAUUGAAUAUGAUUAUUUUGGAAGAUGAAAAUGAUGAUGAUGACGAACGUUUGGCUCGACGAAAGUCACGUUUACUUGAGCCUCAUCCCGCUAGUGUUAAUAGUCCAGGUGCUAGCUCUACUGCAGCUAGACGACGCGCAGAUGCCGCAGCUCCACGUGGUAUACCUCAGGCACAAAUUGGUGAACAUUAUGGCAAUUGUAUUCGACUAGCUGCGGAAAAUAAAAUCACGGCCAAAAAUGCUUUUAACUUACAUCUGAUCGAUUACAUGAGUGAAAUGAUAAAAAAGGAGGACUUCGCAAGCUUCCAGAUUGCCAGCUCAUCGUUGGAUGCUGGAGCGAAAAUAUACGCAGGUCGUGUUGAUGCUGUACAUCAAGAAACGUAUCAGGUUCUUACUGGACUUGGUCGCUCAGGCAAUCCUCAAAAUGAAGAGAAUGAGAGUAAUGCCGAUAAUGUUGAUGAUGACGAUAAGACUCAUUCACAUUCUAAACCAGAGCAAAAAAAGAAAACUGCUUCACAUCGAGAUAUUAUCCAUAAACAACUAAAUAAGAUUCGAAUUAAAACACUAGCUGAUAAGAUUGAUGUUGACCCUUUGUUUCAACAUCAAACAGCUGCCUAUGAUGAGGGGGGUACUGCUGAACUAAGAUUGAACCAGCUUUCCACUGCUAAUGCUUCAUGUGAAUUGAUUUUAGACUCAUCAACCCCUGUUAUGCUCCGUACGUUGACCACCACUCAACAAAUAACUCCUAUGAAUGUUACAAAUGUUACUGAAUUUUUGUCUUCAAUACUUGCAAGAUCACUAAAUCAACUAUCUAUAUGCUCUACGUUGCAAAACUUUCGCUUUACCGAUUGGGAUCUAAACAAGAACAGUUUUGAUUCAAAUAGCCAAAUGAACUGGGAUACAAAUUCACAACCUAUUAGCUUGCUUAAUCAGGACAAUAAUGAUGAUGGUGAUGACAAUGGAUUCAAUCCUCUUCCAGUUCAGGAUGAUAGUUUUUGUGACAAUAUUCAUGAAGAUAUAAACUUGGACCCAGUGUGUGAAACUGGAAUGCAAGUUGAGGUGAAUGGUUCAUCAGCAGAAGCUGUAAAUAAUAAUAUUGAAUCUAAUAAUCUGUUGGCUAAUAUUCCCGUUACCGAAAAUACUACCGCUACUAAUACUACUACUACUACUACAGCAGAUAGUGAAUUAUUUGUAUCCUGUUUAAAAAAUAUGCUGGAUAAACAGUAUGAACAUUUUGGAAAAUUAAAUGAUCAUCUGUUGGGUAUGUGGGCAGGACCUGAACAUUGGCGUAAAAAAGCUAAAAGACCGAAGUUGGAUGGUACAGUUAAAUUAAAUGAAGACAACCCUGAGAAAAAUUUUGAACAUGGACUAGGUGAAAAUGAAACAGGGAUUGUUGACAAGGUAAUAAACAGUCGAAAAAUGACCAAGUCGAAAAGAGAUAAAGCCCAAAGAAUCUCUUAUGCUGAAACGAUUAAACCAAGCGAGAAUCGAACGAAGAGUGGUAGAUUGUCCAGACGAGAUUGGCUCAAAAAUGUCCUAUCAUCUGGUGUAGAAAACAGUACUGCAUCCAACUCUACGAUAUUUAAGGAAACCUACAGGCAGAAAGCCAAUCGUCAAAUGAACAUGCUCCCUUCAGAAUGGUCUGAUUCUCGCCAAACCUUAUAUCAACUUGUUAAUCGAGAUGUAAUUUUGCGUCCGAAUAUUCUCCCUGACGGUAGAAAUCUCACAAACUGUAAUAACAUUGCAAGUGAGAACGCAGACUAUAUGGUUGGAACUAGUGAAUUAUGUGCAGUUCUAACUGUUGGUAGCUCAGAACGACCUGUUGACAAUGAGUAUAAGGAUGCUGAUGGCGGACUCGACCAGUUGAGGAACCAUCAAGAUGACGACGACGAUGAUGAUGACGCAAUAAUCCCAUUCGAAUGUGCCUUUACACAAAACGCUGGGUAUAAUGAUGGUGAAUUGACUGAUAUAGAAUUAAUUUCACAACCAAAUAAAGUGGCUCGCAUUGAAAUUGGUUACGCUCGAACUGCGAAAAUGAUUAACGUUCAACGGUUAAAGUGUGCUAUGUGGGGAUUCCUCGAACACACAGUUCCUCACGUUGGUUUAAAUAUUCCAUCUCAGUCACCAUUAUCUGUUGCUUCUACAGCCUCAGCUCCUGAUACUAAUAGUUUAGUGGACGAUCCAACAUCACUCAAUGUAAACGAAAACCAAAAACAAUGCCCGAUGAACGAGGACGUUAUUGAGUCAGACAGUGGAAGAACAUCAUGUCUACCUAAAGUUCACGGUGCUCGAGGUUUCUCAGAAGUUAUUGACAACUUAUCAGGUCGUAUAAGUUGGCAAAUGGCUAAAGAACUUAGUAUAUCAAUUGCUUUAAAUUGUCUUUUGCAUUUGUCUAAUGAGAAACAAUUAUAUCUAGAAAAUGUGGACAGUUUUUCGGAUAUAUACAUCUCUCAAGGUUUGCCUUCAUUUGAAUUGAAACAUCUUGAGACCUACACUAAUAUAUGUGAUAAUAACGCUAUUCAUCAUGGCGAUAUAAUAUCUGGUAAUAAACCAACGUUGAACAAUCAAAAACGUAAUAAAACUCGACAUGUACGUCCGUCUACACUGGAUUCAUGGCUUAUCGAAAAUGAUUAAGGAUCGUCGGUUAAUAAUUUGUUAAAUUAUGCAAACAAUAAUAUUGUAUAAAGAUGAAUAUAUUUUGUAUUCUUUCAAAUUAGAUCAAAGAUGUAUUAUAUGUUUUGAGGUUUUCAUUUUUUUGUGUGUAGUAAUGAUAUAUAUAUAUAUAUAUAUAUAUAUAUAUAUAUAUAUAUAUUCCUUGUAUAUAUAAGUUCCCGAUUUUACACCUUGUUGUUAUGAUAAUCUAAACCGUUUUUUGUUCGUCCUUCUUCUUCAUAACUCAUAUGGUCACUUUUUUGUGUACACAUACCCCAAUCCUUUUCAUUGUUACUUUUCAUUUGUUCAAAUGGAUUGGUAUAGUGUUUUAUAAUUUACCAUCUAUUUUUUUAAAUCAAAUAUACUUUAUUUUAUUUCUUUAUUGUUAAAAUGAAAGAAAGUGCUAUUCUAUCUCUUAAA